GGUGGGGUUCGAAUAUACGCAAACGGUCUCUCCCUGGCAAUACGCUCUAAAUAAUUUCUUUUUCUUCUGAUCGAUCUGGUUAUAUCCUCUAACGGGUGAAGCAGCAAGUACCAUUCAGUGAUAAGUUCGAGGAAUCUUUCGAAGCUUGCGGGUGUUUUUUUCUACUGAUAGACAAUGAAUAUUCCUUCUGUACGUAAAGCAAUACGACUGGCGGAUUGGAGGAUAUUGUCACGACUAUAUUCAUCGAAUAGCAAAUUUUUGGAUGUCACCCAGAAUGAGAAGACAGGUGUGAGUACUAUAUCGCUGAACCGAGCGCCAGUGAAUAGUUUGAACUUGGACAUAUUGAGAGAGUUGAAAGAGUCAUUAGAAAAACUCAAGAAAGAUGGGAGCAAAGGGCUCAUUCUCACAUCAUCACUGCCAACAGUGUUCUCUGGUGGUCUUGACAUCAUGGAGAUGUACAAGCCGGAUAUUAAGAGAUGUACCGAAUUCUGGAACACCUUGCAAGACACCUGGAUCCUGUUGAAUGAAUUAGAAAUCCCCACAGUGGCUGCAAUUAAUGGUGCAAGUCCUGCUGGAGGCUGUCUUCUAGCCAUAAGCUGUGAAUACCGAAUUUUCGUUGAUGGUAAACACACAAUCGGUUUGAAUGAAACGAAACUUGGAAUUGUAGCACCGUUUUGGUUCCAAGAGCCUUACAUCAAAACAAUCGGGCAGAGAAGAGCAGAAUUAGCUCUGUUGAGAGGAGACCUAUUCACUCCUCAGCAAGCGCUGGAAAUUGGUCUCGUCGACGAAUUAGCGAGCAGCAAAGAAGAUGCCCUGGCGAAGGCUGAGAAGUACAUAGAAUCUUAUCGUCAAAUUUCUCCCAGAGCUAGAGCCAUGACCAAGAAAUCUCUCCGCGAGUCCAUGAUUCAAAAUUUGGUGAAAAAUCGCGAAACGGAUACUGUUGUGUUUAUCAGCGCAAUUACAAACCCGGGAAUUCAGACUAGUCUAGGAUUAUACAUUGAAUCCCUCAAGAAGAAGGCUAAAUAGUGGAUUAUUUAGUAAUUGUUGAUGAUGGAUAAUCAAUGCAAUAACUUUGUGCUUCCAAUCAUGAAAUAUUCUUCAUUUAAUAUGAGGGUCGGUUACAGCCUUGUUAUACUUCGUACAUUUUUCAAAUCAUUGUUGAAUAAAAUAUCGAAUUUGUAA